AUGGGUUUUAGAGACCUGGAAGCCUCCAAUUUGGCUAUGCUUGCGAAACAAAUUUGGAGAAUUGUAAUCAACCCAAAUUUGUUAGUAAGCAAAGUCUUGAAGGCCAGGCAUAUGAAGGAGGAGAUUGGGAACAAGAUUUGUCACUGCUGUGGGGAGGACACGGAAACCAUUGAACAUAUCUUCUUCAACUGCCCAACAGCGCAAGUAAUAUGGAAGAUUGCACCUGUACGGUGGGAAGGGCUGGCUAAACUUCAAGGCAACCUGUGGAGACAGUGGGAAGCUAUGUUGCAAGCAGCAAAAGAGACUCAAGAUGUGGGCAGAAUCCAGCUUACAGCAAACAUCUUAUGGCAAAUCUGGAAAGCAAGGAACAAGUUUACUUUCCAGUGUGAGUUAGCUGAUGCAAAGGUGAUUGCAGACAAGGCACUACAAGAAUGGAUUGAGUAUGAGGUAGCAAAGGAGUCAGACACAGGGACAAAUUUUGCACCAGAAAAGGCAACACCAGUCCAGCAGCAUUGGGAACCUCCUAAGGAAGGAACAAUAAGGAUCAAUACGGACGCUACUAUCUCGACUAAAAUGGUUAGAUCAGGUCAUGGGAUCAUUGCAAGGAACUGGCACGGAGAAUUAGUGAGAGCGAAAGGAAUCACUGCGAGGAGGAAAGGAAUUGCAGCCACUGAAGAAGCUCUAGCAACCAGAGGGGCGCUCGAAAUGGCUCAGUUUGCAGGAUGGACAAAUAUAGAAGUCCAAUCUGACUACAAGCAUGUAGUGAGCCUCAUCAACACGGACAAUGUCCAGGACUGUAGUCUUCAAACAAUCUUGGAAGACAUUGACGUUCAGAAGAAAAAUUUUGAAAGCUGCGCUUUCACUUUUGUACCUAGAACGGUGAAUCAAUGUAGCCAUGAAUUAGCUCAGUUUGCAGCAAAGGCAACUAGAAGCUUUGAAUGGGAAGGUUCUUUCCCAACUUGGCUUUCAAGGCUAGUUAGAAAGGAUAUGGGGGUAGUUACCCCUUGUUGUAAUUAA